AUGCUGACUCUGAAUGCAGCGGGAGAUACUCGCAGUUCAAAUAAUAGUAAAACAAAUCGCUCAGCAGCCACCAAGUCGUUGACGGCUGCCAUCUCUAAUGUUAAAUGUUUAUACUGUGCGGGCUCGCACCUUUUGUUUCAAUGCGCUCAGUUUAAAUCCUUAUCCACGGAGCAGAGAAAGAAUGUUGCGCGGCAGCACCGUUGCUGCUAUAAUUGUUUGACCAAAGGCCAUUAUCCGCGCGACUGUAAAUCGCGGGGCCGCUGUGCACGUUGCCAACGCAAACAUCAUACGCUUCUGCAUGACGACGAUAUCAGCGGGGGACAAACGACAAUGGGUGCUCCUGCUAUAGCGAGCACAUCCAGUGUAAAUACAGUAAAUGACGCCCCCUCUAAAUCAAGUCUUUCAGCAAGGGUAACAACUCCUUCACGUUCCCUCCUGGUCAAGGGUACUGUACUACUCGCAACUGCACGAAUCUUUGUACGUACUGAUGGAGCUCGUUGUAUAAACCUUCGAGGCAUGAUUGAUACGGGCGCUGAGGCUACAUUUAUCACUGAAAGGGCUGUUCAAGUCUUAAAAGCAAAGCGUAUUAAAGUAUAUUACACUGUCACUGGCAUGGGUGAUCUACAGGCUGGGGUCGUUACUCAUGCAGUUAAGCUCCAUUUAAGUGAGGGUAUACAGUCGAGUACUACAGUUACAGUGAUCGCGUUUAUCCUCCCUGUACUUACUUCUUAUGCUCCAAGAAGUCCUGUUGAUUUACUUGCGCAUCCUCAUUUGCAGAAUUUAAAAUUUGCGGAUUCUGAUCCAUUCAGUGAUGAACCUAUCGAUUUACUGAUAGGACUUGACUAUUAUAAGGCCGUAACAAUGGAUGGAUCCCGCCGAGGACCGAGCUCUGAUCUUAUGGCGAAACCUACUAUCUUUGGCUGGGUUGUCUUCGGCCCGUGCAACGACACUUCUGAAGGAAAUCCUAGGUCGGUGUCCUCGUUACGCUGCUCUAGCUCUCCUGGAACGGAUGCACUGAUGAGGCAGUUUUGGGAGAUAGAGGAAGUCUCGGUUUCUAAUCCCCUCACUGAAGAGAAAGUCGAGUGCGAAAGGCACUUCGCAUCUACACAUUCUCGUUUGUCAAGCGGACGCUAUCAGGUUCGCUUACCUUUUCGGACCGAUUACUUGAAUAAGGUCGGUCGCUCCUUUCACGUCGCUUCUGGUGCCUUUGAUAGGUUAGAGCGACGUCUAGCUCGCGAUAGUGCAUUGUCUGCCAGCUAUCGUGGCUUUCUUUCUGAGUAUGAGCAAAUGGGUCACAUGACCCGUGUAAACCCGAACGAGGUCAUUAAUAAUAAUUCGUUAUAUCUGCCUCACCAUCCAGUGGUGAAGGCGAGCAGUACUUCCCCUGUACGGGUUGUAUUCAACGCCUCGAGUCCCAUGGACAACGGGCAUUCAUUAAAUGAUCUGUUGCUUACUGAACCUAAGCUGCAGUCAGAUCUUUGCUCUAUCAUUAUGCGCUGGCGAACUCAUCGCUUCGUUUUCGUCGCUGACGUCGCAAAGAUGUUUAGACAAAUUAUGAUUCAUCCGUUAGAUACUGACUUUCAGAGGAUAUUGUGGCGUCCUAGUUCAGGCCAGCCGAUCCAUCAUUACCGUUUAAUCACCGUCACGUACGGUACCGCCUCGGCGCCUUAUUUAUCCAUGCGCGUCCUGCGACAAUUAUGCGAGGACGAGGGAUCUGCAUUCCCGCUGGCUGUGUCUAUACUCAAUAAUUCCAUCUAUGUAGAUGACGUGUUGUUUGGGACAGACAGUGUGUCCGCCAUACAAUCCACACGUCAGCAGUUGAAUGCCUUGUUAUUGAAAGGAGGUUUUCACCUUCGUAAAUGGACGUCAAACUAUGACGAAUUGUUGUCGGAGAUACUAGUGUCGGAUCGACUGGAGGACAAUAGUGUCGAAUUUGACGAGGACUCCUCCUUCAAGGUUUUAGGAAUUUCGUGGAGUCCUAUACUUGAUCGAUUCCAUUUCAGGAUACAAAUUCCGGAGUUUCCGGUGAUCUCGAAACGUAGCGUGCUAUCCGCCAUUUCGCGGUUCUUUGAUCCACUGGGUUGGAUUGCCUCUGUGGUAAUCACCGCUAAAAUUUUCAUGCAGGAACUAUGGCUGCGUAAGGUUGAUUGGGAUAGCCUGCUCUCGAGUGAUCUAGAGGAACGAUGGACUGAGUAUUCUCACAGUCUGACAGAUCUCAAAGAGAUUUCGAUCCCAAGGUGGACGAAUCAAAGCAACUCCGAUCUGGGUAUCGAGUUGCAUGGAUUUGCGGAUGCUUCAACACGGGCCUAUGCGGCCGUUGUAUACAUUCGCAUUAUUCACACUCGAAGCAGCUUUGGAGUAACACUCUUAGCCUGUAAAUCUAAGGUCGCUCCUAUUAAAACAGUUAGCGUUCCCAGGUUAGAGCUGUGUGCAGCUACCUUACUAGCUCGUUUUCUUAAAAAUAUUGUUAGUACUUUAAGGUUAAGUUCAGUACCAGUAUACUGCUGGUCAGAUUCCAUGAUCACACUUGCUUGGAUUAAGCAGCACCCCAAUACCUGGAAGACUUUCAUAUCCAAUAGGGUAUCAGAAAUCCAGACAAGCUUGCCGCAAGCUCAGUGGCUAUUUGUCGGGUCUAAAGAAAAUCCCGCAGACUGUGCGUCGCGCGGCAUCAGCGUUCAGGAGUUGAAGUCGCACUCGUUGUGGUGGAGUGGGCCUCAAUGGCUGCAGUCACCCUCGACUGUGUGGUCGGAACAGCCCUCCUCCCUUCGAUCGGACGGAAACAUGGAACGACGUAGCGUUCCAGUUUAUUUAGCUCAGCGGGGCGCGGCAAGGUGGGAUCUUUCCGAGCAAGUUUCCAGUUGGCCUAAGUUGUUGCGGAUCAUGGCCUAUUGCCUAUUGUUCGUUCAUAAGGUUCGACAGCGCCUUAGAAGGGCGGAUAGUGAUCAAUUAGGUACGUUAUAUGUGUUGAGUGACGCUAUCAGACAGGCUCGUAGUUUUUGGAUUGCGUACGUACAAAAGAUUAACUUUUCGAAUGAGAUCCAGGCAAUAAAACGUGGUGAGGGCCCGUCUAAAUCUAGUCCCUUGAAAAAUCUAAACCCGUUUUUGGACACGAAGGAUAACCUUUGUGUCGGGGGACGUCUCUGCCGGGCGUCCCUCUCUUACGAUGAGAGACAUCCCAUCAUACUACCGAGGCAUCGCAUAUCGGAGCUGAUUGUUGCGCAGGCACACGAUCGAACGCUUCAAGGUGGGACACAGUUGACGUUAGGAGUUUUACGCCAACAGUACUGGAUUCUAAAUGCUAGAAACCUUGUAAAACAUCACAUUCACAGGUGUGUUGUUUGUGUCCGCCACAGAGCUAUUCCGAUAUUGCAGCAAAUGGGUGAUCUGCCGGACGUUCGAAUAAACCCUUCUCGUCCGUUUCAACAUACCGGCGUAGACUAUGCCGGUCCUUUUCAUGUCCUUCCGAUAGUAGGACGUGGCCAGCGGACACACAAGGCUUAUGUGGUUGUGUUCGUUUGUUUGGCCACUAGGGCCAUACACUUGGAACUGGCCAAUGAUUAUACCAGCGAUGGGUUUUUGGCCGCAUUUAGAAGAUUUACCUCUCGUAGGGGUCUUCCGGUGUCAUUAUUCAGUGAUAAUGGGACCAAUUUUCAGGGUGCCGAAAAGGAAUUGCGCAAUGCGUUCAGAGCUCUGUCGCGUGAUCCUGAUCUCGUCGCGUAUUUAGCCUCCGACGGCAUCACUUGGAGAUUUAUACCGCCCUCCGCCCCACAUUUUGGAGGAAUGUGGGAAGCGGGCGUAAAGUCCGUUAAGCACCAUUUACGGCGUGUAAUUGGUGCUUACACGCUUUCAAAUGAGGAGUUCACUACAUUACUAACUCAAGUGGAGUCGUGUCUAAAUUCUAGACCUAUAGCUCCCUUGUCCGAUGAUCCCUCCGAUCUCUCACCUUUGACUCCUGCCCAUUUCUUAAUAGGUACCUCGCUGAUUGCGACGCCUGAGGAGUCCGUAUUGGAUUUGAGGGAAACGCGACUCAAUCGUUGGCAGCGUGUACAGCGGAUGCACGAGCAGUUUUGGCGGAUAUGGUCGCGAGAUUAUCUCCACAUGUUACAGCAGCGCUAUAAGUGGCGUCAGAAAUCGACUAGUUUGAAAGUCGAUGAUCUAGUAUUAGUUCAAAACCCGUUGCUACCGCCGACGAAAUGGGAGCUUGGGAGAGUAGUAAAAAUCUAUCCUGACCCUCAAGGUCUCGUUAGGGUAGUGGAUGUAAGGACGCUUUCGAAUACAAGAAGGCGUGCCGUUAACCGGCUAUGCAAGCUUCCUAUCGAAAUUAAUGCGGAGUUGCCGCAGUAG